CAAAAUGAUUCGACAACUUGUUUUCAUUUGUGUUGGAAUUGUGCUUGUCGUUGGACGACCCGACGCAUCUUCGAGAAUACUCGGAGGUCAAGUUGUUGCUCAUGGUGACAUUCCGUAUCAAGCAUCAUUACAAUAUUGGAACACAACAUUUCAUUUUGCUGGUGGAGUUCUUCUUAAUACCCGUUGGGUUUUAUCAACAGCCAAAGGUGUUUUUGGACGAGCUGGAAAUUCAAUAAAUGUUAUUUUAGGAACUAAUCGACUUGAUAUACCUUUUGGAAAUAGACAAAGUGAUCAAAUUAGGACGCAUCCUUUGUACGAUCAGUCAAUACAUGCAAAUGACGUUGCAGUUAUUCGUACUGCUGCCGUAAUUGCUUUUAGUGUCAUAAUUUCACCAAUGACACUUGCAACUCAUUUUAUUAAUGAUGGUGUGACAGCACAAGUUUCCGGUUGGGGUGCUGUGAAUGAAGACAAAACUGGUGAAUCCGUUGUGCUCCGAAGAGUUGCAGUUACGACAGGACCUUGUGUAAAUACUGAAUUUAUGACAUUUAAUAGUGCAAACCAUUUUUGCGCUGGAGCUCCUACAAAUGACACUAGACCGUUGGUUGGUAUUUGCACCAGAGAUGUUGGUGGACCACUUGUGCUAGAUAAUUUAUUAAUUGGAAUUCCAUUUCAUCAUGAUCCUCGAGCUUGUGGUCAAUUUUUGGAUGGAUAUAUGAGGAUUUCAUCAUAUCGUGCAUGGAUCUUAGGCAAUAUUCCUGUAUAACUUUG